AUGCCGCUUCGCCCUGUGAGGGAGGGCUUGAAAGAUCAUGUGACACACUGUGUUUUCUCUACCGUGAACGCAGCAGACGACACUCACUGCAUUACCCGCGUAACGAACGCCGCUUUAUGAAUGGACCGAAAUUGAUCAUCAUUCGCUCGCCUUCAGCCGAUGCGUCAACACGCCGCGAUCUCUUGUCGCUUAUGAGAUCAUAAAAUUCCAUAACGGCUUAUAUCACCGACUAGAUAGACGCAAAGAACACUUCGCCUACGUACUCAUAUGGAAGGAUUUUCUCUUUUAUGUUGGAUGAGUUUGUUUUUAUUGAAGUUUAAGCCUGCGAGAUUUCAGUGAGAAUUAAGCCUCUUUAGCUGCAAGUGUCAAGGAUAGCGCGAUGAACAGGCAGCCGGCGAAAUCCCGUCGAAAUCUCCCAACGCUUCGCUAAUAAUUGUCAUUUCAGGUUCUAAGUUAUCAUUGUAUUCAAUUCAUCCCUGACUUGGUGAAGUAAUUUUCUUCGUAAUUAGAGGAAGACGCGUUGAUUAUUGAAAGUGUCUUUAGCGACCAAUGCUGCAUUCGUUGGAAUUUACAAGUCAGUUUUGGAAUCACCUGCUUGAGGAUUUUCGCAAGACAAGGGAAAUACUUUCAGUUUCAAAAUACAACUGAUACCGACACCAGUUGGGGUAUCAACGCCUCACACCUGCCCGAAACCCUCAGCAUCAUUUUACUUCGAGCUAGACAGAUAUCCAGGAACAGAAGUUGGCCUCGGCAACCUCAUGUUUAGUGGUCUUUGAAGAACGUUGUUCAGUAAAUCACCAAGUGCCUUUCUGAGUGCCAAGCUAUAGGCCCUUAGCAUCAUGUUGCUAGGGACCAUUUUGACCGUUCUCCUCACGGUGUGUGCCGACCUCUGCUUUUCAAAGAAAGUAUUCAGCGUUCACAACUACCGCCAUGUUCCCGUACACCGCAGCUCUGCGACCGUUCGAAGGGUCGGCAAUGUCUAUGUCUUUCCAUAUUACAGUGCCAUGAGGAGAAAGAUCCACCGUUGCGGCUACGGGUCCUACAGGCUCGGAUGCUGCGCUGGAUGGGUGAGGAACAGUAUAGCAGGGACUUGCACCCCAAUCUGUGAAUCGGGCUGCGUUCAUGGGACCUGUGUUGCACCAAACCAGUGCCGAUGUGAAGCGGGAUAUACAGGAACAAAUUGUAACGCAGAUGUAAAUGAAUGUGGAAUGGAACCUCGGCCGUGCAAACACAGAUGUAUUAAUACCAUUGGUAGUUUUAAAUGCCAUUGUGAGCAAGGUUAUCUUUUAGAAGUAGACGGAAAGACCUGUAUACGUGAUAGCCGGUGUUAUCCAGGCAGAUGUGCGUAUGGGUGCAGAAAGAAUGGUCUGCGAUUGGAGUGCAUCUGUCCGGCAGGUAUGAGGGUCGCAAAAGACGGUUAUCACUGCCUAGAUAUUGACGAGUGUGAGGAAAGAGUUGUCCGAUGCCCUUCAGACCAACGAUGCGUAAAUACGUAUGGGAACUACAUGUGCCUCUGCCACGAAGGAUACCAGUUCAGAUACAUCGACGGCAAGCUUAGGUGUACAGAAUCCGAAGAUAGAUGUGCCAAUGCCGGACUGAUCUGUGAUGUAAAUGCCAAGUGUCAAGAUGGAAGCGGCGUGGUCAAGUGUGUGUGCAAUAGAGGUUAUGUUGGCAACGGAGAGGAAUGCACUAUCGUCGAUUUGAAGACAUGUUCUCAGCGGCCAUGUUUCCCCCAAGUCACGUGUGCAACCCAGGAAUUAACAUCGACCGAUAUUCCAUACCCAGCCGACGGGAUGCUCAAACUCUAUCAAUGUGGACCCUGCCCGCGUGGGUACCGAGGUGAUGGCGAGACUUGUGAAGAUAUUGAUGAGUGUGCCGAAGGAACGGAUUUGUGCGACGAGGAGGCAGUUUGCACAAACACUCCAGGGUUUUACAGAUGUUCUUGUAAGGAAGGUUUCACAGGGGACGGAUUCUCAUGCACGCCUAUCGGAUGCGACUUCCCUGGCAUCGUUCCCAACGGUGAGAUAACGCCGGACGCGAAUGGACUCAAUGGCCAGUAUACCGAUGGUACCGUCAUCGCCGUCAGGUGUCAGUCUGGGUACAACCUCCAAGGGGCCGCCAUUAGCACCUGUCUUAAAGGAAUGUGGUCCGCUGAGCUUCCGGUGUGCGCUGAUAUCGAUGAGUGCCAAACGGGAGGCGGUGCCUGCCACGAGCAUGCCACCUGUGUGAACAUUCCGGGCUCUCACCAGUGUGUCUGUAACGACAGGUACACAGGCAGUGGCAUCGUAUGCUUCCCUCUAUAUUGCACCAUUGAUGAGCCGAUGGAGAAUGGUAGGAUGGUGCCAGCGGCCAUUGUAGGAGCGGAAUAUAGUGACGGUGAAGCUGUGGUUUUCGAAUGCAACGAUGGAUUCCUCAUGGUCGGCUCUCUCACCAGCAUGUGCGAAUUGGGAAUGUGGUCAGAUCCAUUCCCUCAGUGUGUUGACGUUGAUGAAUGUGCCACCGAUGCCACCCAUGACUGUGAUGUGAAUGCAUUCUGUAUCAAUAAUCCUGGUUCGUUCAGAUGUGAAUGCAAUGUUGGCUUUUUUGGCAAUGGCAAAGUUUGCAUUCAGAUGGACAUGACAUCUUGCGCUGAUCAGCCUUGCUCAGAAGGUGUUGUCUGUACGGAUCUCGAUCGGGAGGUCGUCCUCGCAACCAUAGACCUCAAGAAUCCUACCACUGACGUCAUUACAUUUUAUAAAUGUGGCGACUGUCCACCAGGUUACCAUGGCGAUGGGGAGAAUUGCGUUGAUAUUGAUGAAUGUGCAGAUGAGAGUACAUAUCAAUGUGACGUCAAUGCACAGUGCUUCAAUUUACCUGGUACUUACAUAUGCACAUGUAAUGACGGUUACUAUGGGGACGGUAAAGUCUGCAUAAGAAUAGAUCCCACGAGGUGUUCUGACCUGCCAUGCUUCCCCGGUGCACUGUGUACAGAUCUGAAUCGUGGUACAGUCCUCGCCGGUGUCAACAUCACGGCGCCACCACCCAUCAUUAGGCUCUACCAAUGCGGUGAUUGCCCUCGAGGAUUCACUGGCAAUGGCUCAUAUUGUGAAGAUAUUGACGAGUGCUCUCUGGGAACUGACGAAUGUAGUGAGAAUGCAGUUUGCAAUAACACCCCCGGACUUUACAACUGUGUCUGUGACAGAGGUUUCUAUGGCGAUGGCCGAGUCUGUAUUCCUAUUGAUGGAACCACAUGCAGCGAUGACCCUUUACCCGGUGUUCUAUGCACUACUCUAAGUCGUCGCGAGACUGUCGAAAACAUAGACCUUGACAAUCCUCCGGAAAUCAUUCGUCAGUAUUCCUGCGGACAAUGCCCACCAGGUUAUCGUGGUGACGGCAUCAAUUGUACUGAUAUCGAUGAAUGCGCCGAGGAUCUCUAUGAAUGCCAUCCCUUUGCCAUGUGUAUCAACCUUCCUGGUGCCUUUGAAUGCGUAUGUGUGGAUGGUCACCAUGGUGACGGCAAGACUUGUAUACCAAUGGACCAAACCUUCUGCACCCCUGAUGGCCCAUGCUUUGAGGGUGUUGAUUGCACCAACCUGAGUCGUUCUGAUGUCCUCAGUAAGAUCGAUCUGUUGACUGCUACUCCUGAGGACAUCAUCAAGUUUUAUCUCUGCGGAGAUUGUCCUGGUGGUUACCUAGGUGAUGGUGAAGUCUGCCUUGACAUUGAUGAGUGCGAUACUGGAGAUUACGAUUGUCACAAGAACGCUUCGUGCGAAAAUGAAAUCGGUGGAUAUACCUGUGUUUGCGUUGAGGGUCAUUUUGGGAACGGGACACACUGCGCUCAGCUUGAUGAUCGGUCAUGUGAUGAUGGCCCCUGUUUCCCUGGGGUGGAAUGCAUGGAUGUUGACCCCACCAUGGUGGACUACACACAGCCAUUUGUAAGGCUGUAUGAAUGUGGAGAAUGCCCUGAAGACUAUUCUGGAGAUGGUAUCGAAUGCAUCAAAGAUUACGUACCUCCGUUGAUCAAUUUGACGGUCAUCGCCAUCAGCCACGAGGAUCCGACAGUAGACGCCCUGGCGCAGGAUGCAGAAAUCCGAGCAUUCGUUGCUGACCCAUCGGCACAGUAUGGCACCAUGGAGGUCGCCUCUGCGUUCACUGGUCCUGAUGGCAUUGCGACAUUGAUGGUUCCUCAUAACCAGUCUUUGAUCGUCACAGCAUUUUACGAUGGUACACUGGCCAAUUCAAUAACUACCAAGGCUAACCUUAAGCAAAAAAACGUUGUGACGAUACCAGUAGCUGCCUUUGAGGAACUUAAUUUGUUCCGUUGGUUACCAACCAGCUCCAACACCUUUGCUUUCGGAGGCGUCGAGGGGACAUCACAGUAUCAAGUCUCUAUUCCUUCCGGGGGUCUACGUGUUCGAAGAAGGGGCCUCGUUCAAAUUGAGUUUUAUGGAGUGAAUCUUACAGUUCCAGAGCAGUAUGAACAUGCUCCAGAAGCAAUAGGCGUGGUCACUUCGGGCUCCAGGAGGGGAGAUAUUGGAGCACUCCCUGAUCUAGAACCACCAAGAGCUGAACUGGUUGGUCUUGAGGUACUGGGGAUGAUGGAGUUGAAUGUCUUCGCAACUACUUCUCCGUCUGUUCCCACAAUUUUGACUGACGAUGUGACUAUCACCAUACCUGUUACCAGUCCUUCUAAUGAUAUCAACGUCGGUGAUUCUGUUGAUGCAUGGUACUUCAAUCCAGACCAUGGUGUGUGGAUAAAGGAUGGCACAGGUAUAAUCAGGAGAGACCCUGAAUCGGGACAGUUGGUAUGGGAGUACGAAGCAAUUCACUUUACUUGGUGGGCUGCAGCAACUGUUCAGACUCAGACUAGCUGUGUGAAGGUCAAGACCUGUCUAGAUGGGGCAUGCAAUAUUCCUCUACCUGGUGUUAGAGUACAACUUACUGGUGAGGAUUAUGCUUUCUCAAGCUCAAGAACUACUGACCGAUAUGCAGAGGCAUUCUUUAACUUCAAACAUGGAAGAACUGUCACUCUUGAAGCAGUGUGUGCCAUGGAGAGGAUGACAGUAGCCAGUACCACACUGGUUGGUGCCUUUGACAAUGCAGAUGCGGACAUACCAGCCGUCAACGUCGAUCCACUUCUACCAUUGGAUGUCUGUAGGGAAAUUACCAUCACCAUCCCUCUCCAAUUAAGUAAUAUCACAUGCCCGGACCCUGGCGAUGUCGAAUUCUCUACCCGCAACCUCAGGGGUAGGACUUACUCUGAUGCUGUGCAAUAUACAUGUGACAUGGACAGAUUUGCUGAAGAUGGAGAGUACAGAACAUGUCUUGAGUGUGGCUUGUGGUCCGGUCGACCUGUCCAAUGCGUAAAUAGAGCGGGUUCUGCCAAGAAAAGGCGGCGACGUCGCUCAAACAAACAACCAACUGCUUGAAUUUUAACACUUAUUAAACUUGUGUAAACAACAAGAUGUAACCAGAUCAACAUAUUUGGUAACUUUUUCAUGUAAAGUACAUGUUGGUGCUAAAUAAAUUCUUCGCUGAACCAAGUAUUGCUCAUACAUUGAUGUUGUUUUUUAAGAGAAGCAAAUCGCAUAUGUUGUGAUUGUGUUGUAUCUAUGGGAGUAAUGAGCCUAUUUUUGAAUACAUACCCGUAUGUUAACUUAUGAUUUUGAUAUUAUAAUACCUAAUUGGUAUAGGGUCACGAGGAAUAUUCUGUGUGCUUAGGCCCUCCUGUAAAAUCUGUUAAAGUAAUCAUCAUGUUAUAUAUAUAUAGAUAAUAAGAUAAAUUAAAUAAUGUUCAAAUGUUUCUGUUUAAUCCUAAUAAUUAAAUAAUGAAGAGAUAAAUUCUCAACUUUUUUUCUUUUAUAAACAAUUUAUCUCUAUCAUUUUUCAAAAUCUAUCUUAACAAGAAUCUACUGAUAAUUCGUUUUUUGUUGCGAUCAUUAUUACGUGGAAAAAUGGUUAUUGGUUACAGUGUCUUUUGUAUUUUUUUCAUGUACAUUUUUCUGUACUAUAUAGUAAAUACUUCACUUAUUGUUGACAGAAGACGAUACAAUGUAUAGCGACUUCUGUUCAGCACAUAUGUAUAGAUAUGUUAAUGUAUAAUGAUAUAUCAAAUACAAUGUGAAAUAUCGGUGCUUGUUUAUUUUUCACUUUUGGAUAACUUAAAGGUAUUUGUCCCAGGCAUUACUGCAAACAAUGUAUACUUGUACAGCCUUGCAACUAAGAAAUGGUCAUUGAAGUUACAGAUUCAGCACAAAUAUCACAUUCUUCAGUAGCAGUAAUGUGUGGGACACCAUGUCGGAAAAUAUCUUGAAAUUGUCCUUUUUUACAUCUUGUUAUUUUUAUCAUUUUAUGGUGUGUAUGCAACAAAACAAGAUUUUAUCAAUACUAUCUAUUUAUCAUGCUGCAAUGAAAUAUAAUCUGUUUUGGUAAAUAGCGUUAUUUAAUGUUAUUCAUUCCUGAACGAUAAAUCUGAAACAUAAGAUCCUCAAAAAUCAUUAUGGUUUUAAACAAUUGUGAUAUUUUGUGUAAGUUUUACAAAAAAAUUAUUCAAUUCAACAUGAUAUGUUUUUAUCAAAAGUGCUUUUUGUGGUAUUCAUUACCUAGACACAUGGGAAAAAGGAGAUCAUCACAUAUUUAAUUUUGUUUUUAGUCUACUGGCUUAAAAUCUUUAAGUAAAAAAAAGUAAUGAAAAUAUUUGUCAACAUCAUCAUCACCAUCAUCAACUUCAUCAUGGUCUUCAUUAUCUAACAUUAAUGAUACUCUGAAACACAGUUUCACCCCCCUCCCAUUCAUAUAGCUAUUGCCUUAAAAAGAUGUUUCAAUAAAGAAAAACAGAUUACAAAAAUCACCAAAUAUUACAUUAAAGACCGAAUCCGCUGUUGUAUGAUUUAUAUAGGUACUAUUUUUGUCAUUAACUUCUAUAAAAUAUCUUAUUUGGUGCACAUUUUUCUUAUGAAAAUCAAAUUAAUUAGUUUUGUCCCCAUAUCUUAAGCAAACAUAAAAAUC